AUGGGGGAUAAUAAUUGGGAUAUAAGCGGUGUGAUAAGAAAUUAUAAUAUUAGUGGAACGAACAAUGUUGUAGCUCCUAACUUUGGCUCGGAGACUUUUGAAAAUGAUAAUUGGAAUACUUUUGACAGACUUUUAACUGCUGACAUGACUAAUUUUGAUGGCUUAUCUGAAAUUUUCUCUAUAGAUUUUUCAAUUGCUCACAAAAAAAAAUCAGAUAACCAGGUCAUAAUCAUGGACCAAAAUAAUAAUCAAGAGUUGUACUUACAUCCCAUUCAACCAACUCAAUUUAGCCAACAAAUCUUUCUUCCUCCAUCACCAACAACGAUAACGUGUGUGCCAACAACAACUACAACAUCACAAGAAUUGACUGAUCUACAACAACAACUCGUGAUGCAGGAUAAAGGUUAUCCUAAUUUCACUUUGCCCAUGGAGACUCCUCUGAUCGAAUCUUGUAAAAGAAAAAAUCAACCGAUAAGGGUUAUUUAUGAAGUAUUGCAAGAGGAACUCACAGAUGAUAAAUGGAAAUGGCGCAAGUACGGUGAGAAGUCAAUCAAAGGUUUUUCCUUUCCGAGAAACUACUAUAAAUGUAGUACAUCAAAAUUAUGCGAAGCAAAGAAAAUUAUUGAGAAAAGUCCAAAGAAUGAGAACUAUUUCUUGGUGUCCUAUUCUGGUGAACACAACCAUGAUCCACCCACAAAUCGUAAAUCUCUCGCUUUCUGCAACUGUAGUUCCAAACACAAACUUCCAAAAGGCAUAAAUAUUGUUCCCAAAGCAUUAAACUUGAAUGCAUCCUCAUCCUCAUCCAAGCGUGCUAAGCAUUCCAGAGUUGAAGCCUCUUCAAUUAGCCUACCUAAAUCUACACUUGAUAUCGAGAGAAAUAAUAAAAUGGUUGUUGUGGCCGUGGAGAACAACAACAAUGGUGAAAAGGAGGAAACCGUGAAUAAAAAUAUUCUCAUGAAAUUUGAAGAACUCCAAGGAGUUACUGCUUCCACCUUACGGGGAUGA